AUGACCAAGAAGAUCCUUUUCGUUCUCACCUCCCACGACCAGCUGGGAAACUCUGGAGAGCAGACGGGUUGGUACGCCGAGGAGGUUGCCGAGCCCGCGACGAUCUUGGCCCGCCAUGGAUAUGAGCUCGUCUUUGCCUCGCCCAAGGGCGGCAAGGCGCCUCUUGACAAGGGGUCUAUUGAGGCUGCCAAGGACCACCCAAACACGGUAGAAUUCCUGGCCAACAAAGACUACCAGCACAAGGUCGACAACACCCACAAGGUCUCAGAAUUCAUCGGUCGCGAGUCUGAAUUCGAAGCUAUCGUCUACCCCGGUGGACACGGUCCCAUGUUCGAUCUUGAACACGAUGAGGCCGCGUUGAAGGUCACGGCUGCGGCGUAUGAGGCUGGAAAGGUUGUGGCGGCGGUUUGUCAUGGUCCCAUUGCAUUGACGGAUGUUGUUUUGAAGGAUGGAACGCAUUUGGUCAAGGGCAAGAAUGUUACUGGGUUCAGUGAUGAUGAGGAGCGCGCUGUCAAGAAGGAGCAUCUGGUGCCCGUGUUGCUGGAGACAAAGUUGAGACAGCUCGGAGCGCACUACCACAAGGCAGACCAGCCUUGGGGCGCAAAGGUCGUCACGGAUGGACGUAUCGUCACCGGUCAGAACCCUGCCUCUGCCCCAGGCUUUGGUGAGGCCAUCCAUGCCGCCAUCCAGGCCGCUCAUGCCAACAAGUAA